CACAUCACAAUAAUCAAUCGGAGAGCGCGUCUUCCGCCCCCUAUACAAGAAUUGCUUCGAUCCGAUCCCAGCUGCCAAGUCAAAGCAAGCCUAGAGAGGGAAGAAGAAAGAAGAAGAUGCCUUGUGUUUACAUCACCACAAAUCUAAAUCUCGACGGAGUCGAUGCCGAUCCAGUCUUCUCCGACGCCACUAAAGCCGUCGCAUCCAUCAUCGGAAGGCCAGAAUACUUCGUAAUGGUAUUACUAAAAGGAUCGGUGCCAAUAUCGUUCAAUGGGAACAAGGAUCCGGCAGCAUACGCGGAGAUAGUGUCGAUGGGAGGGAUAAACAGAGAGGUGAAGAGAAAGUUGAUUGCAAGUCUGGGCACCAUUCUUCAGAACAGGCUGUCUAUCCCCAAGACUCGCUUCGUCCUCAAAGUUUACGACACCACGGCUGCAGCUAAUGCCUCCAAAUUGUAAUACUAAAUCAUUCAUAUAUUACCACAAUGGGUCCUGUCCAACUUGCAAAUCAUAUUGAUAAUAAUAAUGUUUAUAUAAAGUUAAACCUACGUUUUUAUUGCAUAAGACUUCUACUAUUACUUCAUAAGAUUAAUUACCACCAUAAUGAGGGAGGAAAAAUCUCAGAAUUUCAGUCACUUAUUCCCGUCCCGCAUUAUAAUAAUAACAUCAUUAUACCACAACCCAUUUUUAAAGAAUGAAAACACUCAAUUAUACGGGGAAUAAGUCGUAAGUAUUAUG